CACCCCUUUUUCUCUCUCUCCUUUCCCUCCCUGAGUUGAAUAGUAUCACUGUUUUCCUAAUCUGUUGUCCUUCUUCAGGGAAAGCAGUGUGGGCAUGGAAGUCCCAGCUCCCGCAGCAUCACCCUCAACUCCAGCCAGGAGAAAUGGAGAGCCACAGACCACUGUGGUUGGUCGAACCAAACCAUUGCAUCGCUUCAUCAAGGGAGAGCCUAAGAGCAUAGGGAUUGCUGUCUUAUUCCUGGGUUGUGGACACUUUGUUCUUGGUAUUCCUCUGAGAAUGGACAAUACUGAAAACUCCUCCACCACCUUCAGUACUUUCUGGAUGGGUAUCAUGUAUAUCACUGCAGGUCUUCUCUGCAUCUUCUGUGAGAACAAGCCCUCCAAAAAACUGGUGACAGCUUGCCUUUCUGUGAGCAUAGUGUCGAUUCUAGGAGGAGCAGCGAAUUUCUUUGUUUACAUCAGCUCCAUAGUAAAUCAAGUUUUAGAGUACAAUGGGUAUUUUUACUUCAACACAACGGAAAUUGACCCAGAAGUUGAUCGUUGGAUGCAAAUUCACCUAGGUCAGAUAAUAAUUACGGAGGCCAUGUUUAUGGUUCAUUCUGUUGUUGCUGGAAUUCUUCUUAUUGUAAUAUCAGCCUUUGCUGGUGCUGCACUGCGCUCCACUAAGACACAGGCUAUUAUCAGAAUGCACAAUCUUCCUUCGGAAUAAAAUGAUAAAUAUCAAUAUUUUAAAUCUA